CGGGUCGGGAGAUGGCAGCGCCGGGCAGCGCCCAGCCCGAGCUGGGGCAGGAGCUGACAGGGGAGCCGGGUCCGGUGCGGGCAGGAGCCUCCUGCCUUCCUGAGCUCGGCGGCAGAAGCACAACCCUGUCAGAAGAGCUCAGCAGCUUAGAUGUUUUGUGUGACACGGAGUUCAAAGAAGAGUUUGUGGAGCUGUUCAAGAGCUCUCUGUGCACGCUCCCCUCUGUUGGCCUGCCUGCCCUGCUGGCCUUCAGACCCGAGUCCUCACAAGAACUCAUGGAGAUCCAGCCCCAGGAGGACUCAGCUCCGAGAUGCGAGUACUGUGGCAGCCUGCUGCAGCCCUUCCCUUCCUUCAAAGACACUUGUCCACAGGAUUACGAGUUGAAUUUCUGCUGUGAGCGUAACCGAGACCUCUACGAGUUCAUUGUAAAUGAGAGGAAGAACCAGGAGAGUGCCUGGAGCCACCCCUCUGCUGCCAGCCCCCACCAACCCGUGGCACCCCAUGGCACCAAGGACAGCAAACUCCAGCCCAAGGAGAAAACAUCCCAGAGGCAGGAGGAGAGACAAAUGGCCAAACAGUCAGAAGCUUUCCCGGCAGAAGAGUCAGCAAGUGUAGCUGAACGUUCCACCCUGCCUGCAGCGCUGCUGCCAGCCCUGCCCACUGCACGCAGAUCCUCCCUUUGCUCUCAAGGCUCAAACCAGCCUGGAACCAUUUCCUACCAGCUUUCUCGGGAGCCCCCGUCGCCGGAGGGAUGGACACUGAUGCCUGGUUCCCCAGCAGCAGCUCCCGAGGAGGAAACUCUCUCCAACACCAUCACCUGCUGUGAUUUCACCCUUCUGGGUGCCAAGGCAGUGAAGAAUCAAUUGUUAGAAAAAUACUACAAACACGGAGGGAAAUUCCUUACCAUGCUCCCAGAUGGAACAGUACAGUUAUUUUAUCCAUCUGGAAAUCUGGCAGUCAUUGUGGUGCGAGAGAAGAGCCAUCUUGUUUGCAUAGUGCAGGAAGACAAGGAGAGCAUGGCUGCCAUACAGGCGGUGUUCACGUCCAGCGGCCGCAGUACCUGCUACUACCCCGGGGGGUCUGUGUGGAUAACCAUGAAUAUUCAGGGUGGGCAGUAUAUGGACCAAGCAGGCAGCAGGGUGAGAAGGUGGACGUGGCCAAACACCAUCAUGUCACCAGGACCCCACGUCUCCCUGAGCCCCAUCUUCAUCUCCCUGAACCUGCAUGUGGGGGUCAGGAUCCUGGGCCAGGACAAGAUCACCGUUUCCUUCCUCGCCAUGGGGCAACAAGCAAAACUCAACGUGGGAACCAAAGUGCAGCCCCUCAACACCAUCAGACUGCCUCCCCCAGCCCCGGCACUGCUGGGUGAAGAGGAGCUCCUGCUGCUUGCCCUCAGGGUGAGGAUCCUGUGGCUCUUACACAGGCUGCGUGGUUGCCUCAGCUUCCCAUCUUACGAGCAACGAGACAAAAUUAAGCCUCCAGCGUACCUUAUCACACAGACUUUAAAGCUCCUGCAGCUUUGCACAACUUCUGGCAGAAGAGAUGAGCUGCGCAGCUGGGUCAGGGCGAUUGCAGAUGCUCAGUUCUGACCAGCAGGUCGGUGGGUGCCUGGCUCCCCAGCAGCCUCCCUCCUAUCUCCGGUGUAAACCAGCCCAGGCUGGAAGUAAUUUUCAGCCCAUGGAUGUGGCACAAAGAUAAAAGCAAACAGAGCA